CCCAGUCCCUCGCCUUCGUUAUUUUAUUUGGAAGCGAACACACGUCAAUGUCCGCUUCUGUCUGACAAAUUGCUUCCAAAUGGCGGCUAUUUUACCAUCACAACUUCCUGAGGGUGAAGCAGAAGCUAGAGUGAGCCCCCAAAAAUCCGCCGGGGCGAAGUCUAGCGGGGAAAAGUCUAAGCGUUCUACGAAGAUGACCAAAGUUGGUGAAUCUAAGGACCCACCUCAAAGUAGAGAUGCAACUAUGUCAAACAGACAGACUUUGAAAACAUCCCAACAGCAGGAUGAAGUCAAUAGCGGGAGAAGCUUUCUUCUGCUUGAUGACAAAGAAGUGCUGAAGGUGCAGAAUGCAGAAGAGUUUAUUAACCAACUUGGCUGCCAAGGUCAGACAAGCCUGAAGAUUCUGUCCAUAUUUGGCAACACAGGAGAUGGGAAGUCAUACACUUUAAACCACACCUUCUUUGAUGGGCAAGAGAUAUUCAAAACAUCAGCAUCGCAGCUUUCUUGCACAGUUGGUGUCUGGGCCUCUUAUGAUGCUGUCCAUCACUGUAUUGUUCUUGACACAGAGGGUCUUCUUGGAAUGUCUGGGAACCAGAAUCAAAGGACUCGCCUUCUUUUAAAAGUCCUUGCAAUUUCUGAUAUUGUUAUUUAUCGGACGAGAGCAGAAAGGCUUCAUACAGACAUGUUUACAUUUUUGGGAGAUGCGUCUGAAGCUUACUUGAAACAUUUUACCAAGGAACUGAGGGCCGCCACUGAACGCUGUAAUCUGAAUGUCCCACUGUGCUCCCUGGGCCCUGCACUCAUCAUAUUCCAUGAGACACAGCACACAGAUGUGUUGGGUGUAGCAGAUGAGCAAACUACUUUAACAGGCGUCAGUACUAGGAAUGCAAAUGACAUCCUCAAGCAGAGAUUCACAGAUGUAGGUCGCAUUCCACAGGCGUUCAGCUCAAUUAUGUACAUUGGGACAAGAACAUACUCUCUCCCGACAGAUUUCAGUGCGCUGAGAAAGGUCAUCAAGCAACACUUGGCUGACAGCUCCGUCCGAUCACCACGGUCACCUCACGUUAUCUUCAAUGCACUCAUGUUUCUCAAUGAGAAGUUCAACAGCGAUCUAGAACAGACAAUACCCAGUACCUUCCCAGACGAGUAUUUCACCUGUCAAUCAAGCUGUCUGUCAUGCGGGAGCCGAUGCCAGCAGAGUAUGAAUCACACCAAUCAGGACCAGUCGCAUACAUGUGAGACAAGAUGCAAGUACCAGGCGCAGUACGACAACCGCUACUUCACCUGCAAGGCAUGCUUCGAGAAAGGCAAGCACGUGGUCAUCAUUCCGAAGAUGUGCUCUGCUGGCGACUCCUCGUGGCUUGGAAUGGUGAGAUAUGCUUGGGCGGGCUAUGUCCUGGAGUGUUCAGAGUGUGGCAUCAUUUACCGCAGCCGGGAAUACUGGUACGGCAAUCGUGACCCAGUGGAGACAGUCGUCAGGACGGAGCUUAAGCAUGUUUGGCCAGGGGAUAACGCUGCUCCUUUGGAGCCCAGCAAUGCGUCCCGGAGACUGCUGGACGGAGUCAAGUAUUUAUCCGACACCGUGGGCGCCUACAGUACUCCUUCUAGUCGCGCAAUGACUGCAUGGAUAGCGGACCGAGUGGCCCCAGACUACUGGGUCCCAAACGCACAGAUUUUGGCGUGUCAGAGCUGCGAUCACGUGUUCUCCGCUGACGAAAAGAAGCAUCAUUGCCGCGCAUGUGGAGGUGGCUUUUGUGACAACUGCUCAGCCAAUAAAAAGCCUGUACCAGAGCGAGGCUGGGGCAUGGAGCCCGUUCGUGUGUGCGACUCGUGUUUUAGUAAGAGAGCCUCAACAGACGAGGGAAUAGGGUGCGAUAUGAGUGAGCUCGCCAGUGCACUGGAAGACUCGGACUCAGGCUCCCAGUCUAGUCGCGCAGGCUCUCUGGUCGAGCAGACCCUGGGCCCAAUGGCGGGUCGUCGAGUUAUCGAAGGCGUCCAAUCAGCGGUUGAGACUCUCGGGUUCGCUAUGGAAUACCCACGAGACAUUAUUACCGACGCGGCGAGACCUGGGUACUGGGUUCCAGACGCCCUGAUAACUAACUGCCAUCACUGUAAACAGGAGUUCAAAGGAAGCGAUCGAAAGCACCAUUGCCGCUCCUGUGGACAGGGCUUCUGUGACGAGUGCUCAAAACAACGGAGGACGGUCCCGUCCCGGGGGUGGGACCACCCUGUUCGGGUGUGUGACAAAUGCGUGACAAAGAAAGGAGAGCUUUAGCAAAUAAUGCGUGACAUUUAACGAGCACUUACAAGAGUUACAGAGGUCAUUUACAGAUAAUUCCGUGGCGCGUGACAGGAGAGAGUGAAGUUUCGCGAGAUUGAUGCGUGUUGAUGACGUCCAAAGCAAGGAAGAGCUUUAGCGUGUAGUUCAGUGCUGUAAAGUGCGUGUAUGUGCGUGUAGUGUGUAACAGUACGUUCAAUGCUAGCGUAUAGUGCGUGUCUGCGCGUUCAAUGUAAGUAAGGCUUCAACAGCAAGGGGGAUCUCAUUUUGAGCAUUCUCAGUAUCUCACUAUGGUGAUGUUGGGAGAAAUUCGCCUUCCUACUUUUUGAGGUGCUCCGCUGCCUGUAAAGAGCAAGUUUCCAUUAUUAUCGCUCUCAUCUUAGUAUCUCACUAUGGUGAUGUUGGGAGAAAUUCGCCUUCCUACUUUUUGAAGUGUUCCGCUGCCUGUAAAGAGCAAGUUUCCAUUACUAUCGCUCUCAUCUUAGUAUCUCACUAUGGUGAUGUUGGGAGAAAUUCGCCUUCCUACUUUUUGAGGUUCUCCGCUGCCUGUAAAGAGCAAGUUUCCAUUAUUAUCGCUCUCAUCUUAGUAUCUCACUAUGGUGAUGUUGGGAGAAAUUCGCCUUCCUACUUUUUGAGGUGCUCCGCUGCCUGUAAAGAGCAAGUUUCCAUUAUUAUCGCUCUCAUCGCUGGCGAUUAUGUGUAUAUUAUAUAAAAAAACUCGCCAUACGAUCGUGUGUUAAACCACUUUGUGAUCGUGUGCAAUCACAUGGAAACCAAUUUGCAAUCGGUUGCGAUCGUACGGUCAAAUUAGCUGCGAUCGGGUGGGAUUAUUUGGAAACAAGCCUUUAGGUGAUGCGCUUCUUAAUGUUCGCGCGUUAUAAACAGGACACUUUAUCAGAUAGGUUUCUACAAACAAUUGAUAUUUUUAUUGUAAUGUAGAUAGGCAGGUAAACAAGAUUUUGAAGACAUUAUUAUAGGCGUUUGCUCAUGAUCACGUCAACGAUGAUUCAUGAUAAAGACCACAUAAACCA